UAAUUAUUUACUUGGCCUUGUUUCUUUGUAGGCAGUGAUGGAAAAUACCAGAGCAAAUGAUAUACACAAGCGAGUUCCCUUUUUAGUACCGUUUACUAGCAGGGUUAAGAUUUUCACUACACAACUAGCAGCAGCUAGGCAAAGGAAUGGAUCUCUUGCUGUUUUUGCCAGAAACCGGUUUAGAAUUCGACGAAAUCAUAUAUUGGAAGAUGCUUUCAGUCAGAUGAGUGCAUUGUCUGAAGUUGAUCUUCGAGGAUCGAUACGUGUGUCUUUUGUUAAUGAAUUUGGAGUUGAGGAGGCAGGAAUUGAUGGUGGUGGUAUUUUUAAAGAUGUCAUGGAGAACAUUACACGGGCAGCCUUUGACGUGCAGUAUGGUUUAUUUAAGCAAAUCGCUGACCAUUUGCUCUACCCCAAUCCUGGUUCGGGAAUGAUACAUGAGCAACAUCUCCAGUUUUUCCAUUUCCUCGAAGUUCUUUUGGCAAAGGUAUGGCCAUAAUUCCCAAUCAUACAUGGAAUUUACUUUGGUUGAUUAGUUUUUUCUUUUUUUGGAUAAGGAUAUCCUG